AUGGCCAUUCAUAAUGACCGUGUUGAUCCACAAAGAGCAUCCGUCGAUUCAUCGACGCGCCCUGGGCGCCUAUACGAGUCGACUGAGCCACCUGUGUCUCGUGUAGCGCCUCGAUACUACGACGACAUUCCCUAUCGGCGCCGCUCGCCGCUGCCCCCGCCCACUGUCGAAGAUGAAGCUGAGUCAAUCGCCAAGGAAUUCCGCGGCCGCGUCGAACCUGUCUGGGAAGAAGAGCCCCAAUCAAGAGGAGAAGUUGACCAGCAGCCACUCAUGCUCGAAGUCCAUGAGUACAACCCUGAACGUCGCUUUGUUAUUGUACCAGGGACGGCCAAGCCGAGCGCUUCGGAGAGUGCGACUGAUGACAGCGCAUCCAGAGACAAGCUCCGCCAGGAGAAGGAAAAGAAGAAAGAGCGGAAGAAGGCAUCUGCGUCUCCUUCGCCUGAGGCAUAUACCCGAAGAACCAACGAACCUGAAAAGAAGGACUCCGAUCGCCUUGACGACACUGUUCCCAGGUUAGAAAGACGUAGGAGCAGGCAAGAUUUGCCUCGGCUGGAGACAGACAUAGACGAGGACCGGGUACCAAGUCACCACCGGAGCAAAUCUGCUGCUAGUGGCAUCCGCCCAGAAUUCUCGCAGUCAUAUCGCAAGUAUGGGGAGGAAUAUCUUUCGCCGCAGGUAACAAAGCAUGGGUCGAGUGGUCGAGAUAAGACAUAUCAUGGAUAUGGCCAGCCGCCCACCCAGAGUAGCGUCAGUCUGGGAGAGUCGAAUGACAAGAGGCGGGACGACGACAAGUACCACAGACGAAGCGCGACAGUGUCGGCGGAGAGGCCAAACUCAAGCUUCGAACCAUUCCGAAGACCUACCUCGAACGACCGCGUCAAUGGACCUCGGCCUCUAGACGGUAACCGACCGCCACGGGAUGAUUUGAGAGAAGGGGCUUAUGCGGCCUAUAUGCCAGCGGUCGUCGAAAACUUGAGGGCUCCGUCCCCAUCCAAGCCUAAGGGCCAGAAUUCUCCACGGGAUGAAGCGUUUAGUACGUCUUAUAGGAGAGAAAACCCCGUCAUCAUUGAGGAUGACCGCGCGUCUAUUGCAUCGUCGCGCAGAGGCGAUGCAAGCGGUCAUAACUCUCGCUCUCCGUCCAGAGUCCCUACCAUGCCCAUACCGGCGACGAACUCAGCCGAGCCACCAGAGGACUGGGCACCGAACCGACGGGUUUCCACUACCUUCCCCAUCAGCCGCGACAAGACUACACUGGAAAAUCGGACUCCCCCGACGAUUUACCUUCCUUAUCCAGAUGAUGACGAUGCCAUUGUUGCUUGGCCAGAGACAUCCGCAGAGGGCGACGAUAUGCGACAGGCACAAGCGAUGAGCGCGUCGGCUGUCUUGAUGCCUCCCAUCCCUCAAGUUGACGACGAGCUUGUCGCACCGGAUGAUAAGUCUGUUAGAUCACCAACCCCCAAAGAGCCACCUGUGGUGACGAAGCCUUGGCAGCCUCCCCCCUUUGACCCCAGCAAAUCGGGGGUGCGCCCAGACCAAACAGUUGGGUCAUACCGGCGCUAUUCCGAGACAAAAGGUCACGAAGGGCAAUCUGAUCUUCCAAAGAUACCAGAAUGCAAGCGCACGGAGCCGGUGGCAGGCAAGAUGGAUUGGCUUACGCUUCCCCGGACGGAUUUCAACAUUUGUCCUGAUUGCUACGGCACCGUGUUUGCAGAAACCCAGUUUCGAACUCACUUUCACCCGGUGUUGCGGUCGACUAGCACCGCCAUCGCAUGCGAUUUCGGCUCAUCCCCAUGGUAUCGGAUUGCCUGGCUACUCACGCUGAAACACAAGGUGCCAGACCUGCAAUUGUUCCAUGCUCUGGCAAACGUCAUGAUGGAAUCUCGCGAUUAUCCGUGUCCCCUGGAACGAAAGGUAACACGAGUCUGGUAUUCAGUCAAAGACCCUUACACGAGGCGGCCAGUACCCGAGUUUGCGGUAUGCUACCAAUGUGCGAAGACCGUGGAGACUUUGUUCCCAAACCUCACCGGCGUUUUCAUCCCGCUCGAUUCUCGAGGCGAGCCCACACGAAACGUGUGCUCUCUUCACUUCACACCCCAAAGAAAGCAGUUUGUACUCUUCUUUGACGCAUUUGAAACCACAUCCGACAAGGGCUAUGUGACCAACAAAAAGCCAGACCUCGGCGAUUUGUCCAUGAUGCUUACACGGCUGAGCACUCUGAAUGAGUGUCGCGAAGACCGCCGCGUGAGCGAUGGAUACUGGUACGUCAUGGAGUAUCUGCCAGACUUCACCGUUUGUGGAGAAUGCUACGAAGAUGUAGUUCGGCCUCAGCGCACGGACGACAAUGUGAUUGCUCAAAACUUUUACAUGAAGCCCACGAAGCUGCCUGUUGCAACUUGCCAGCUCUACUCUCCUAGGAUGAGGGAAGUUUUCAAGAGGGCCUGCAGGAAUAAGGACCCCGAAUACCUUGAGGGGAAAGUUCGAGAGAGGUUGAAGAUUGAGAAGGACGUACACACCAAGUUUCUCGGUCUCGUCAGAGAUAAGCGCAACAGCGCAUGGACGGACGAACAGAUUGACAAGCUGAGCAGGGAGUGGAAGAGAUGGGAAUAA